AUGUCUUCUGGUGUUGUUCUUCAUAUACCAGCUACAGUAAUGGCACGACGAGGAGAAAUCUAUCCAAGUAAAACGGUGUCCUGUUUUCGUUCAUGUUGGACGUAUAAAACUUGGCCUGUAAUUAUUGCUGUAGUUAUUUUAAUUUGCGUUAUAGCUGGUUUACAUAUAGGCUGGGAUUUUCCGAUACUCAUUCAAAACCGUUAUAUCUAUUUUCCCGUUCUUUUUAUUCUUACACUUUUUUAUACCAUCGUAAAUUAUUUAUUUGCAUCUUUACAUGAUCCUGGUGUUCUUCCACGUCCAAAUGCUGAUGAGAUACUUCAAACAGAAAAAGAAAAUAAUAUUCAAACUGAUGCAAAUGGACAUUAUUUUCCAUCGUUACCUUUACCGCGAACAAUUCUUGUACGAAAUUUUCAAUAUGCAUCAUCCUACUGCUAUACAUGUCGAGUUUAUCGUCUACCACGUGUCUCACAUUGUUCAAUCUGUAAUGUUUGUGUACAAAAUUUUGAUCAUCAUUGUCCAUGGAUCAAUAAUUGCGUCGGCUUAUUGAACUAUCGUUAUUUUUGUAAUUUUCUUCUUUCAUGUGCAUUACUGUGCUCCCUUGGAUUAGCUGGUGGUGGCGUUGCAGCCUAUCUUCGAUGGGAUAUUUAUAAAAAUGAUCCGGGAUUAUAUUUUGCAUACAAUAUCCCAACAUUUUUUGUUGGCUUUAUUGCAUUUGUAUUCGUUGCUACAUUAGCACCAUUUUGGUGUUAUCAUCUUGGAUUAGCUCUAACUGGUGCAACAACAAGAGAAGAUAUUAAAUCGAGACGAGAGGAAAAACAAGCUGGCAUACCUCAAAGUUCGAAAUGCACAAAUUUAGUUGUCUCAUGGUGUGGUCCAUUACAACCAUCAGUCGAUUGGAAUCAAUUGUACGAUAGUGAUCAUUAUAAAAAUCAAGAAUCAAUUUAUAAAAGUUUACGUCCAACAUUACUGAGCAAUACAUUGAUUGUGCUUUCACAACAAAUUCGACAACACAUUCAAAAUUUAUCAGAAAAUAAUUAUUCUAUGUUAAAACAACAAAUUGAAGUAUAUGAUAAAACGGCUAGAGAAACAAGAACUACAUCCGAAAUUCCAUCGUCAUUAGCUCAUGUGGAUAUAAAUCAUCAUCUUCCAACAUAUCCUAUUGGAAUAAAUACUUUUGGAAAUUACCUAUUGAAUGCACAAUAUUUACUAAUUGAAGGUGUACAACGAAAGAAUUUGUCAACGUUUUGGCAAAUAAUAUGGUCACAUAACAUAUCAUCAAUUAUUAUGCUGUAUGACAUCACAGAAAAUAAUUUUUUUAUUGAAUAUUGGCCAAAUGAAUCUAAUCCUACAAUAAAAAUCGAUGCUGAAUAUCAAAUUGACUUUACACGCAAAGUGAAACUGUUAGAUAUUGAAAUCUGUCAAUUUCAACUACAGAAAAUUGGUGAAAAUCAAAUUAAUCAAAUUGAACAUAUUCAAAUCAAAAAUUGGACUGAAACAGAAUUCGCAAUGGAUCCCGUUGCUCUAUUGCGCCUUCAAUAUUACAUCAGUCAAAAGCAUAGAGAAGACAAAUAUGAUCAAACCCUCGGAAGUAUCGCUAUAAAUUGCUGUGAUAUUAAUACACGAGCUCUUGCUUUUAUGACUGUCGAUAUCAACCGACGUUUAUUAAAUCGAUAUAGUUUUAUAAAUAUAUUAAAUACAAUAGCACAAUUAAAUGAACAAUUAUCCUUGUCAAUAAUGAACGAAUUUAUGUUAACCGUUAUUUAUACAACUAUGUUACAUCUUAAAUGUUGGACAUAUUCACCUAAUAUAUCAACAUUAAAAGCAUUAGAUAAUCAAGUUAAAAAUUUAUUUCGAAAUGUAUUCGCACGAUUUUAUCAUGAUCCAUUAUUGGAUCAAUUUGAAAAAUUCACUUCCAAUAGUUUAAAAAAACUCGAUGCUAUUAUCCCAUCGAAUUUAGAAAAUCGUUCUUUGCCAACUGUUGUUGAUCAUAAUACAAUCUAUUUCAUUGAUAGUAUCAUCUAUCACAAAGCGUUUAUGUUAACUGUUGCUCGAGAUUAUAACAGUAUAGUAGAAAUAAUAUCACAAUAUAAAAUUCAACAUUGUUUUCUAUAUCAACAACACAGUGCAGAACAUUUGGAUGCAAUUCAAAAAGAACAAUUUCAAAUCGAUAGUCAUUACCUAUCGAAUGAUUUUCGAUGUUAUCGUAAGUCAGAUGUUUGCAUUUACCUACCAAGUACUUCUAUCCGAGUGACUCCCUUAUACAAACUUUCUCGAUCUAUUGUCAAGCUUGAUCAUAUACCAAUAUUGAUUUGUGUUGAGAAUAUUCUAGAAGGUGCUAUUAUUUGUCUUAUUGCAAAUUUAAUGGAACAAUUAAUGAUUGACAAUCCAGCCGAUGUUUAUCAUCAAGCUAGAAAAAUUGCAGCUUCUUGCCCAGUUUUUCGAACAGAGGACGAAUAUAAACAUAUGUAUGAAUGGAUUGGACGUUGGACAACCUAUGAUCUUAAUAACCCAUCGAAUUAA